AUGCCUUCUCGUACCGACUCACCUCUUCAAGUCGCCAUUAUCGGCGCAGGCCUCGGAGGUCUUGGCGCCGCGGUCGCCCUACGCCGUCAAGGCCAUGCGGUCACUGUGUAUGAGAGAUAUGAUUUUGCUGGUGAAGUAGGUGCCUCACUGAGUGCAGCCUCAAACGGCUCUCGAUUUUUGGAGGAAUGGGGUGUGGAUGUGAAGGGAGCCAAGCCGGUCAUUCUCAAACAACUCAUCAUGCACAAUUGGAGCGAUGGGAAUGUGCAAAAUACCUAUCCGCUCGGCGAUUACAAGUCCAAAUUCGGUACAGACUAUAACAAUUUCCACCGCAUUGACAUUCACAAAGAACUCUUGAAGUCUGCCUUUGACGCGCCUGGAGAAGGCCCAAAAUGUGAAUUGAAAGUCAACUUCAAAGCAGUUGAAGUCAAUGCAGAGGAAGGUAUGCUGCGGUUCGAAAAUGGGGCCGAAGCAUUGGCCGAUAUCAUUGUAGCUGCAGAUGGCAUCCGGUCCCUUACAAGAAACAUGAUUGGAAUUACUCCAGACUUUGAAAUGUCAACUUCCUGCUGCUACCGCUGCAUCAUCGGGGCUGACAAGCUUCGGUCCCUUGGCUUAGAGGACUAUAUCUCCAACGAAGCCAUCGAGUACUGGGGAGGGUUCGGCAUCAAUAAGAUUGUCAUGUCUCCCUGCAGCAACGGUGAGGUGGUAAGCUGUUACUGUUUCUAUCCCGCGUCGCACAACAACGUGCGUGACGAUGGAUGGAAUAUUAGUGCCACACCCCAGCAACUCGUAGAGACCUUCCCAGACCUAGAUCCCAGAAUGAAGACUUUGAUGUUGAAUGCCGAGGACAUCAAGAUGUGGCGGCUGUACAAGCACCAGCCUUAUCCAUACUGGGUCAAGGGCAAGGUUUGUUUGUUGGGUGAUGCCGCCCACCCUAUGAUGCCCGAUCAGUCGCAAGGAUCUUGCAUGGCAUUCGAAGAUGCGGGUGCUUUGGGCCUGGUCUUCAACAAGAAUUUCCGUGAAGACUACGGAGUUCCCGAAGGUUUGAAGAUCUAUGAAAAGUUGCGCAAAGGUCGCGCUACCAGAGUGCAGGAGGCGAGCUUCAGAGCUCGCGAGAACCUCAGCGAGAGAAUUGGGUGGAGCUCCUCUACUGAUCGGCCAGGAAAGCUUACCAUUGAGGAGGUUUGUGGGUAUAACAUGAGGGAUCAUCUGGCUGAGCUGGUUGCUGAGGAAAAGGGGACUCAAGUUUGA